AUGCUCGUUGAGCUCAAGAACGGCGAGACGCUGAACGGCCACCUCAUCAACUGCGACAACUGGAUGAACCUCACGCUGAAGGAAGUCGUGCAGACGAGCCCCGACGGCGAUCGCUUCUGGAGGUUACCCGAGGUUUACGUGCGCGGGAACAACAUCAAGUAUCUUCGCGUCCCGGACGAGAUCAUCGAUUUGGUGAAGGACCAGCAGCAGCGGGACCAGGCGACUCGGGGAGGCCGGGGUGGAGCUCAGCAGCGGGGCGAUCACGGCGGCAGAGGGGAUCGGGGGAGAGGGGCAGGUCGUGGAGGGCGCGGAAGGGGUGGUCGAGGCAGGGGUGCAUGA